AUGGCGGCUGUUUYAGACGACUUGUUUGUGUUUGGUGAUGAUUUUGAAACAAUUUUAGACAUUCUAGAAGAAGAUGAAGCCUUGGAGGAUGAAUUUUCUACUACAGCUAGUGAUGUAGAACAGUCAGUUAUUAUUUGCAGCGAGUGCGGUAAAGAAUGCAAGUCGAAAGGAGGCUACACAAGGCAUCAUAAUGCCAAACAUGGGUCAAAACAGAAGAACUCUAAUACUUCGACGACUGAAGAGUCUCAACAAACCUCGAUUUUGACCACAGCCAUCCUCAACAAAAUAGUGCUUAAUGCACUACGAGGUAUUAUGGAAAACGGAGUGUUUGCGACUCUGAAAGACGACUUCAAUCAUUAUGAGUACAAACAACAUGAAAGUACACAAGAAUUCAUGGUGAUGAAAACUCUCUACGAAAACUAUCUGAAGAAUGCAAACACAGAAACGUUUUAUGGAAACUAUUAUGCUCAAGUACCAUUAAAAUCAACCUUGUUUUUUCCUGGACUUACCCGUAAUGCUGCUACACUUCUAGCUACUAAAGUAGCAGAUAGUAUGCUGUCAUAUUGCAACCAAAUCAAGUCUGUUAACAAGAGCCAGCAAAGCUUUGCAAAAACUGAACUCUCAGAGCAWGAGAAUGCAGGUCUGCAAUAUAUUGGAGGAUAUGUUUUACACAAACUUCAUAAGAAGUAUGCAAGAAAAUCAUCCCCUGAGAAUCAUCAGGCUAUGGCUAUUUUAAAGGCUGGUAAAUUAGAGAAAGACAUGGAAUCACACAAGUUGGUGUCAUGCUUGACCCGGGGAGGUUUAUGGUCCAUUACUAAGCCAGCCGAGAACAUUUUCUUGUAUACAGAAUGUCAUUUUAGAAAUUUAUAUUCUACGUCUGGCUUAAAUAGCAUUGACAUGUCAGGGAUCACAAAAACAGUAGUAACAGAUAGUGAGGUGAUAUCAAACUACCAAACUAUGGUCUCAGAUGCAGAACUAGUCACAAACACUCACGUUGAAAAAGAUGUUUUCAGCAGUAUUGUUAGCUUGUACAUUCGAGUCAGAUCAUUCUCCUUUGCAAAGGAUGUUUUACAACAGUAUAAAAUCAAAGCAAAGCAAACUAAGACCAAGGCACUUCGUAAAGAAAUUAUGAGGACAUGUGAGCAACAGGAACAAGAUAGGCAUGACUAA